AUGUUGUCCUCCAGGGGAUCCCUCCGAUACAGCAGCUACCUGGGCACCGACGGACUGCCAUACCCCCCCAUGGGCCCCCACAGCCUGCUCCCCGUGCCCCUCCCCUACGCGCCCUCUCAGCCACACGGGGGCCUCAAGGAACUGACCCCCAACAUCUCGCCGCCGCGAGGGGCCCCCGCCACCCCGGAGCUGUCGCCUCCCCCCAAGCCCAGCGGCCAGUCCCCCCAGCAGAGCCCCCCCGGCUGCGAGGAGGCCAUGAACCUGAGCACGGCCAAGUGCGGGGCGGCGCCGCGCCACGGCCCCGGCCACCGGGCGCUGCCCUACCCGCUCCGCAAGCAGAACGGCAAGAUCCAGUACGAGUGCAACAUCUGCUCCAAGACCUUCGGCCAGCUGUCCAACCUGAAGGUCCACCUCAGAGUGCACAGCGGCGAGAGGCCGUUCCAGUGCGACAUCUGUAAGAAGAGCUUCACUCAGCUGGCCCACCUCCAGAAACAUCACCUGGUGCACACGGGGGAGAAGCCGCAUGAGUGUCAGGUGUGCCACAAACGCUUCAGCAGCACCAGUAACCUGAAGACACACCUGCGUCUGCACUCGGGGGAGAAGCCGUACCAGUGCAAGCUGUGCAGCACCAAGUUCACGCAGUACAUCCACCUCAAGCUGCACCGCCGGCUGCACAGCGCCCGCGAGCGCCCCUACCGCUGCCCGCUCUGCGCCCAGGCCUUCUUCCACCGCUUCUCGCUGUGCCUGCACCAGCGCGCCGGCUGCCCCCCCUCCACCGCCGCCGCCCCCCCCGCCGCCGCCGCCGGCCUGCACCUGAAGGAGGCGGUGGAGCGCUUCGACGCCAGCCAGGAGGCGGACGCGCUGCCCGAGGCGGCCUCGGCCCCCCAGCUGGCCGACGCCCUGGAGCGCUGGCUGACCCGCACGCUGGAGGGGGAGGAGGACCAGCAGGGGGCCGUGGGCGCCCUGCUGCAGACGCUGGCCUCUGCCGCCGCCGCCGGCCCGCCGGGCGCCCACAGCCCCCCCCGGGCCCACCCGCAGAGGGCCAGCGUGGUGCACCUGCACAGGCGGCCGGCGGUGAAGUCCGAGGGCCAGCAGAAAGGGUCUCUGUGGUUACGUAUUGGAUCCAAGUCGGUUUGGAUCGGGGCCUUCCUGGAGGGGAGGCUAACAUCUGGGCCUCGUAGGGUCCGUGGAGGCAGCGGGAGCCUCUCCCUGGAGGGGCCCUCUCUUCCCACAUGCUUUCCUCAGCCUGGCCAAACCGCGGCUCUGCAGAGGAGGGUGACAGAGGAACCCAGUCGGGUGACUUUGGGUGCCUGA